GCCGGCUGGGCGCGCGCGCGCGGCGGGGGCCGAAGCUGCUCCCUCGCUCCCCCCACCCCGCCCCGCCAGGCUCCAACUGCCGCCACCGCCGCCGCCGCCGCCGCCCGGGCCCCCCGCCCCCGGCCCCGGCCCUCGGCCCCGCGGGGCCUCUCGCCCCCACCCAGGGGGCGUCACCGCCGCCGCCGCGCUCCGCGCCCCACAAGACGCCCUCCUUCCCUCCCUCCCGCCGGCCGGGGUGCGCGGGCGGCGGGGCGGCCCUCGGGCCAUGCGUUCGGCUCGGCCCAACCCGGCCGGCCGGGGGCGGCGCCCCGAGCCCGGGCCCCGCGCGGCCCGUGCCCCCGGCUCCCGCUGAGCUCCGGGGGCCCCACUGUGGCCGAGGCCAUGUUCCCCGUGUUCCCUUGCACGCUGCUGGCCCCCCCCUUCCCCGUGCUGGGCCUGGACUCCCGGGGGGUGGGCGGCCUCAUGAACUCCUUCCCGCCACCUCAGGGUCACGCCCAGAACCCCCUGCAGGUCGGGGCUGAGCUCCAGUCCCGCUUCUUUGCCUCCCAGGGCUGCGCCCAGAGUCCAUUCCAGGCCGCACCGGCGCCCCCACCCACGCCCCAGGCCCCGGCGGCCGAGCCCCUCCAAGUGGACUUGCUCCCGGUUCUCGCCGCUGCGCAGGAAUCGGCCGCGGCGGCUGCAGCCGCGGCGGCGGCGGCCGCUGCAGUAGUUACUGCACCCCCAGCCCCUGCUGCCGCCUCCACCGUGGACACAGCGGCCCUGAAGCAGCCUCCGGCGCCUCCUCCGCCACCCCCUGCCGUCUCCGCACCAGCCGCCGAAGCCGCGCCCCCUGCCGCGGCCGCCACCAUCGCCGCUGCCGCCGCGGCAGCCACCGCUGUUGUCGCCCCAACCUCUACAGUCGCUGUGGCCCCUGUUGCAUCUGUCUUGGAGAAGAAGACAAAGAGCAAGGGGCCCUACAUUUGCGCCCUGUGCGCCAAGGAGUUCAAGAACGGCUACAACCUCCGGAGGCACGAAGCCAUCCACACAGGAGCCAAGGCUGGCCGGGUCCCUUCGGGUGCUAUGAAGAUGCCCACCAUGGUGCCCCUGAGCCUCUUGAGCGUGCCCCAGCUGAGCGGGGCCAGCGGGGGAGGGGGAGAAGCCGGGGCUGGCGGAGGCACAGCCGCCGUGGCGCCCGGUGGCGUUGUGACCACGACUGCCUCUGGAAAGCGCAUCCGGAAGAAUCACGCCUGCGAGAUGUGCGGCAAGGCCUUCCGCGACGUCUACCACCUGAACCGACAUAAGCUGUCGCACUCGGACGAGAAGCCCUACCAGUGCCCUGUGUGCCAGCAGCGCUUCAAGCGCAAGGACCGCAUGAGUUACCACGUGCGCUCACAUGACGGCGCUGUGCACAAGCCCUACAACUGCUCCCACUGUGGCAAGAGCUUCUCCCGGCCGGAUCACCUCAACAGUCACGUCAGACAAGUGCACUCAACAGAGCGGCCCUUCAAAUGUGAGAAAUGUGAGGCAGCUUUUGCUACGAAGGAUCGACUCCGGGCGCACACAGUACGACACGAGGAGAAGGUGCCAUGUCAUGUGUGUGGCAAGAUGCUGAGCUCGGCUUAUAUUUCGGACCACAUGAAGGUGCACAGCCAAGGCCCUCACCAUGUCUGUGAGCUCUGCAACAAAGGUACUGGUGAGGUUUGUCCAAUGGCGGCAGCGGCGGCAGCAGCGGCAGCAGUGGCAGCCCCUCCUACAGCUGUGGGCUCCCUCUCUGGGGCAGAGGGGGUACCAGUGAGCUCUCAGCCGCUUCCCUCCCAGCCCUGGUGAGCUCCAGGUUGAUGGGGAAGAGGGGAAGAGUGGAGGAAAGCUCUUCUUGGUACAGUCUCCUCUUCCCACCAACUCACUGCUCUCCGUCAGCCACGGAGCCUCCAGACAGAGGAGGAAGAAGGAAUUCACUAGGUUUUAACAAUGUUUCUCCUGCUCCUUUCUUCUCCCUAUCAGAGCUGACCCUACAAACACCUGUCCCCUAAGUUGUGUUGAAGUCCCUUGGACAGUGAGCAGGGGUGGCAGAGGACAGCAGCAGCCACUGCCCUCAACCUUUAACCCCUUGCCUUUCCUCCCAGGGAUUUGUGAGCCUUUCCCUAGAAGGUCCUGUGCUCUCCUCCUUGAGUCCCCUCUCCUACUGUCUGCUGCCCCUUCCUGGGGAGUUGGUGCUUUCUUUUUUUGUUGUUGUUUUUUUCCCAGGGGGAGGGAGGAGAGAGAGGAGGGGGAUUAAGAUUCUGUCCCAAAGGAAGGAUACAGUGGUAUUGAGGAGCAGAACCAGGGAAGGCAGAGGGAUACUUUCAGCAAGGUGGAGUGACUAAACCCUAACAUCUACUGGAGUAUCUCCAGGGAAAAGCCAAGGGGAGCAUCAGAAGGAGCCACUAGGGCCAGAGGCAGAACAAGAGAGAUGGAAUCUUAGGGGGCCAGGGUAAAGGAGGAGAGCCAGGGACAAGAGGUGCUUCCUGGGGGUGGGGGAAUGCAGCCACGGUGUCUCCCCCUUCCCUCUUCCACCCCAGCUCCAGCCCUGGUCUUUUCUCCUCUUUCCCACAACAGAAGCUGUGGCCCUGGCCAUGUCAUCGUGUUCCUGUGUCCCUUGCAUGUUUCCCCCCUUCCCCUCCCUCCUUUUGCGCAGACCCCAUUACAAUAAAUUUUAAA